AUGGCCGACUCUACUCCCGCCGACAAAGCUCGAAGAGGCGCAAAGCGGGCAUCCCUUGCGUGUCUUGCCUGCCGAACCCGUCACCUGCGCUGUGACGCCGCCAAACCGUCGUGUAAGAGGUGUGUCGAAGACGCAAAAACCUGUGACUAUGCGCAAUCCCGUCGAGGCGGCCUUGACAGAGAGGCAUUAGCGGCACUGCGAGCAAAGAAGCUGCGCGAUGGCGCUACGCAACCGCUGACACCAAGUGGUCCUUCGCCAACACAAAUCCCAACGCCAGUUUGGUUACCGAGAACAGGAGUCGACACACCGCAGACCAUUCAGGUCAUACCGAGUCCACAAGAAUUGCUUGAGAUAAACGAUGUCGACAUAGGUGCCGACCCAUUUUUGGUUCCGUACUUUAAGUGUUUUCAUAGAUACCAUCCAUGUGCAUUGCCUCUACCGCACCUGAAACGGUAUUGGAACAGCCCUACAUGGCAAAGGCAUCUGCUGCCAGUGGUGGCUGUAAUGCGAUAUAUUGGAUCAAUAUAUCUAAAAGCCAUGAACACAUCCGAGCUGAAAGAUCGGGCGGAAACGGCGAUUGCAGAAGCUCGACGAAACUCUGAGCCCAAUGGAUUCUUGUCGCAAUCACUCCUGUUCUAUUCAGUCGCCCUCUUCUGGUCACGCGAGGAAAUUAGAUCCCGCGAGUAUAUGGAUUUAGCAAUUGAUUUUGCAUUCAAUAUUGGCAUGCAUCGUCAAUCCUUUGCCACCAAACAUGGGCACCAAGAUCCCGUCCUGGAGGAAGCAUGGCGCAGGACCUGGUGGCAGCUCUAUAUUGUGGACUCGGGUUUUGCGGCUAUCAAGCAUGUUUCGCUGUUCAAAGCCAAGAGUAUUGCAUCUGACGUUGAUCUCCCAUGUGAAGAAGCUGACUUUGAACUUGGUGUAAGUUUGGCUUGUUAG